CUCUCACUCACUCACACACCUCUCACAGACACAGUCGUGCUUCUCUACCCAGGACUAUCAGCCUAACCCGGACCCAACGAGGUAGGACCCCAAACACGGCUACAACAUGUCGGAUAGUGGCUCUGCGAUCGACACGGACGUGUGGACCCUGACUCGGUUCGUGAUGGAGAAGGGGCGCCAGGUCAAAGGGUCAACAGGAGAGCUGACCCAGCUGAUCAACAGUCUCCUGACAUCCAUCAAAGCCAUCUCCUGCGCCGUGCGCAAGGCCGGACUCGCACACCUCCAGGGCAUUGCAGGGACAGUAAACACGACGGGUGAUGACCAGAAGAAGCUGGACAUCCUGUCCAAUGACCUGGUCAUUAAUAUGCUGAGGUCUUCCUACGGGACGUGCUGCAUGGUGUCAGAGGAGAACGAACAUGCCAUCAUCACACCCAAGGAAAAGAGGGGUAAAUACGUGGUGUGUUUUGACCCUCUGGAUGGCUCCUCUAACAUCGACUGCUUGGCUUCCAUCGGCACCAUCUUCGCAAUCUACAAAAGGAUUGACGAGACAUCAACUAACGACGCCACAGAGAAGGAUGCGCUGCAGCCUGGCAACAAGAUUGUUGCCGCGGGAUACGCCCUCUAUGGUAGCGCCACCUUGGUGGCCCUCUCCACCGGACAGGGCGUCGACUUCUUUAUGCUGGACCCUGCGAUUGGAGAGUUUAUCCUAACAGAGAAAAAUGUGAAGAUCAAGCCCAAAGGAAAGAUCUACAGUCUGAACGAGGGAUACGCCAAAUACAUGCACAAAUCCAUCAACGAGUACCUGAAGCACAAGAAAUACCCAGAGGACGGUAGCGCCCCCUAUGGAGCAAGGUAUGUGGGAUCUAUGGUGGCAGACGUUCAUCGCACAAUCGCAUAUGGAGGAAUCUUCAUGUACCCAGCCAAUGAAAAGAGCCCUAAGGGAAAGCUGCGUUUGCUGUACGAGUGCAACCCCAUCGCCUUCCUGAUCGAGCAGUGUGGAGGCGUGGCGACUACGGGAGAAGGGCGGGUCCUAGACGUGGUUCCAACCAACAUCCACCAGAGAGUUCCGUUUAUUGUGGGUUCUCCUGAUGACGUCAACGAGUUCCUCGACUUUGUCAAGAAGCACAAGUAGAACGACAACAAAACUUGAAUAAAAGAUAAAUACCAACAACAA